AAUCAGAGUAUUUAUUUUUAUUCGUGAAAUGGAAAAAUGAGGCUUUUGUCAUUAACAGACAAAUAUUUCACAUUCAAAUUCGAUGGUAUUCAUAAACUCGCGUAAAAGGGUAAAAUUUCGUAAUAAUAGUUUUGAAGUAUACAUUUAAAAGAAAAAAUGUUGACAACCGAAGGAUCAAAACAUCCAGUAGAAACUGUGAAAAUAAAACAGGAAAAACUAACACCACCACCAUCGCCAAAUGCUAAUUCAUCAGCAGCAACAGCAGCUGGUUUUAGCAUUACCGAUGAUUUGUUAGACAACAUUUUGGGCGAACGUAAACCCGUUGCCGAACCAGUUAAAUCAUCUAAUGAGAUUUUGGCCGAUUUAUUUAAAGUGUUUAAUGCAGCACCACCGACGAUAGAUGAUGGCCAUUCCACAAAAGAUUCCAAGAAAAAGAAACAUAAAAAAGAAAAAAAGGUGAAAAAACAUAAGAAACGGAGUCAGGACAAUAGUGAAACAAAAUCAUCGGACGAUGAAGUGAAUAAAAUAAAAAAGCACAAAACGAAAAAGUCGAAAAAACGUGAAGCUGACGACAGUGAUACAGAUAGCAAAAGUCAGAAACGACAUAAGAAAUCAAAAGAUCGUGAUAUUAAAAACGAGAAAAUCGAUGUGGUUGUCAAGAAAGAAAGAAACAAUGACCAAAAGCAUGCUUCUACAGUUGAUGGUGGUGAAUCGAAGACGCAUAAUGAUACAACGUCAAAUAAAUCACGAUCGACGGAUGAGAAAAAUCCACAAUUAAAUAUACAAGUGUCAGUGACAAAAGAUACCGAUAAACGGAAAAUUGUGAUAAAAAGCCUUGUAGAUAGCACAGUCUUUCAAGACACACUGAAGGAAGUUGAAACAAAGCAAAAGGAAAAAGAACGGGAAAAAUUGAAAGAGAAAGAGAAACAGAAAGACAGAGAAAAGGAGAGGGCCAAAGAAAAGGACAAAGAACGCAACAAAGAAAAAGAACGACGAAAGCAAUCAUCACGACGAUCAAAGUCACAUGAAAAAGAACAUCGUCGAGCUCGAUCACAUUCAUCGAGCUUAUCACUAUCGGACGAGGAAACAUAUUUGCGGGAACGUGAACGUGAACGUGAACGAAACAAGGAUCGAGAUCGUGACAGAGAACGAGAUGAUUUUUACGGUGAUUAUCGACGAGAUACCGAUCGCGACAGAGAUUUUGAACGUCGAAAACAUCGAAGUCGAAAUGAUUUCUAUCGUCAUGACCAUGACCGAAGACGCUCAAGAUCAUCAUCUCGUCAUCGACGCGAACGAAGUGGCGAUCGAAUCGAUAAAAAACGUUUGCUGGAAAUUGCACGCAAAAAUGCAAUUACAAUGUUGAAAAAUGGCACAUUACCAGGUGCAAACAAUUUGGAUCCAGAAGCCAAAGAACGUGCCUUAACUAAAAUGCGAUAUGGUGGUAAGACUGUAGAUGAAUUAACGGAGUUUUGUAAGAAACUCUCGAAAGGUGAAGCAAAUGGCUACUUAUCAAAUAUAUCUGGUGAUAGUGAUAUUGAUGCUGAUCUCGAAAAACCAUUUCAUCAUCCAUUUGUCAUCAAAGAUCGUGGUCCAAUUGUGAUGAACAUAAAGAAUUCAACGCCAAUACCACCAAAAACUGCCGAACAAACAAAAGCAAUACUUCAACAAUUUCCCGUAUCAUCUGGUCAACAUCAUCGUCUCAAUGAAAGUGAAUGGGUUCCGGUUGUUCCAGCGAAACCAACAAAAGGUAAAGAGACAGAACCGACGACAAAUCCGACGUCAAAAUUAACAACGGAAACAACGAAUACCACAAAAUCAACAACGGUUAUCACAACACAGCCUGCUAAGAAUGAUGAUGUUCCGCAGCCAACUGCAGAUUAUGGAUACCAAAACAAUAUGUUUGCACAGGCACCAGAGCCAGUCCCAAGCUUCGCAAUGCCAACAAAUAUUGAAUCAGUACCGCUACCAACAGAACACACACCCGGCGACAAUAUAUUUGCAGACCGAGGUACUAUGAAAGAUUUGGAUGUGACGUCGAUUGUCACAUCUCGGCUUAAUGCAUUGCGAAAAUUACAAGAAAAUCCAUUGGACUCGGAAGCGAUAAAACUAAUGUACAAAACACAAAAGGAUAUGUCCGCCUGGGCAAGUUCAAAAUUUGUUCCUGGUCAAUUCACUGGCAGUACUGGUGCUAGCAUUCUAUCAACGAAAGAGCUAGCAUCUGGCUUCCAAGCAUGGGCCAAAAGAGAUCAAUUGAUCUCAACUACACCCGUUUCGGGUGGAAUGGGCAUGCAUUUGCUACAGAAAAUGGGUUGGAAACCUGGCGAAGGUUUGGGAAAAGAGAAAAACGGAUCACUGCAGCCUCUACUACUGGAAGUGAAGCUAGAUAAAAAGGGAUUGGUCGCUGAAGAAGAGAGUCCGCAAGUGCAGCGUCAACGGGCUCAACUCAACAAAAAGGCCAAAGCCACAUCGAUACAAAUGGCCAAGCAAAAUUUUGAAAGCAAACAUCCUGUUUCGUUACUCGGCGAACUGAGUGCUAAACGCAAAUUUGGAGCUCCACUCUAUGAACUUGUCAUGCAAGAAGGACCUUCACAUCAAAGACAAUUCCUGUAUAGCGUAACAAUCGGUGGUCAAAUAUAUCAGCCUAAUAUAACGAGUCUAAAUAAAAAAGAGGCAAAAGCAUCGGCCGCUAAAUAUGCAUUACAACGAAUGGGAUUUCUGUCUGAUGUACCAAUGCAACCUCAGCCACCGGCUCCUCAGCAACCUCAGCAACCUCAGCCACCGCAACCUGUUCAAAAUAACAUGAAUUUUGCGCCACCCAGUGCAUUUUAAGUUCAUUUUUCUACAAUUUUUUUAUUAAUUGUAAAUCAUUUAGAAAAAGAUUAUAAAUAGACCUAUUAUCAAAAUGAAAA